GGCAUCCCAUUGGGACGGGUUUCUGCCUGACUCCGACUAUCCCAACUGCAAUACCGUCCACCAAGAAGGGUAUUCCUAUGGUGGUGCACCUCCAUGGUGCCAUUGGUGAGGCCGAGAGUGAUGGACACGCGGAAUCAUGGUUCACCGUUGGAUUCAAAGAACGAGGGCGGACUUGGAGCAAGAAAAUGUACCAUUAUCACAACUUUCAACAACCGGGAACAAUGUGGUAUCAUGAUCAUGCCAUGGGACUGACUAGAGUCAACAUUUUAGCUGGUUUUAGUGGGGCCUACAUAAUUCGCCAACCCAAUGUCGAGGCACCACUUGGCUUACCCCAAGGCGAUGAAUUUGAACGACCAUUGGUCAUUUUUGAUCGUAGCUUUCGAACAGAUGGUUCCAUAUAUAUGAAUUCCACAGGAAACAAUCCCUCAAUUCACCCACAGUGGCAGCCUGAAUACUUUGGUGAUGCUGUCAUAGUAAACGGAAAAGCAUGGCCCCACAUGAUCGUGAAGCGUAGAAAGUACCAUUUUCGUAUCAUCAAUGCAAGCAAUGCAAGGUUCUUCAAAUUCUUCUUCACCAACGGUCUAGAUUUCAUCCAUGUGGGGUCCGACUUGGCAUAUCACGAACGGCCCGUGAUAAUCGAUGAGAUCCUCAUGGCGCGAUUCUCGAAGGGAUUUUCUGGAUCCAUUAAAAGAAUGGUCUCUACAUUUUUGACAAAGUCCUCCACAAAGGGUUUCAAUCGCUGA